ACCACCAUCACCAUCACCACCAUCAGCACCAUCACCACCCCCACCACCACCACCAUCACCACCAUCACCACCAUCACCAUCACCACCAUCACCACCAUCACAAUCACCACCACCACCAUCACCAUCACCACCAUCACCACCAUCACCACCACCAUCACCAUCACCACCAUCACCAUCACCACCAUCACCAUCACCACCAUCACCACCAUCACCACCCCCACCACCACCACCAUCACCACCAUCACCACCACCACCAUCGCCACCAUCCCCACCAUCACCAUCCCCACCACCUCACCACCACCAUCCCCACCACCAUCACCACCACCACCAUCGACACCAUCCCCACCACCAUUGCCACCAUCCCCACCAUCACCAUCCCCACCACCACCACCAUCCCCACCGCCACCAUCCCCACCAUCCCCACCAUCCCCACAAUCACCACCAUCCCCACCA